AUUUUGCGGUUGUCCAGUACCACGCCCACGCCUACGUCCACGCCCCCGCUUGCCCUCUCGACCGACCACUCGAUCGAAGGAUCCCCAAGACCAAGUCGUCGCCUCUCCAUCAUCGGUCCGAGACGAGACGAUAAAGACACGCGAGCGAAUCGACACGCUUAACCGGCGCUUGGAUAGAGAAAGGAGAGAAAAAAUUCAGUCAAAAUGCCCGGCGCCACGAUCAACGGGCCGCAGCCCCAGCUGCUAUUCGUCGAUGGAUCCUUCGAGGAUCUUUCUCGCGAGAUGGCCGAGUAUCUCAAGUCGGAUGAGGCCAAGCAGCUUUUGAGCGAGGAAAAGGCCGCGCCCAAGGAGGAGGUUCUGUCAAAGCUGGUUGCCGCCUCCAGCGCCCUUAGCACCGUCCCGGAGAAGGAGUUUACCGCCGCGUCGAACCUGAUGAUCCAUCUCGCCAUGCAGUCAUCCGACCCCAAGAAGCUGCUGCCCACCCUCUGCUCCAACCUCGCCAAGCCCCUCAUCAACUCACCAGUCCACGGCGCUGCCCUGGCCCUGAAUGCGCUGGUCACCGUUUUCAACCUUCUCGAGUCCAAUGAUCCUGUCCGAGCGCGCGUCUUGAUGGAGAUCCUGAAGUUCCUCAAGGUACACGGCCUGUUCGACGGCCUGCGGACAUACCUGGAUAAGCUGCCGGAGUGGAUUGUGUCAUGGGGAAUUGAUACUGCUUUGGAGAGGAAGAUUUACGAGGAGGUCGCCGAGGUUGCCCUCGAGUCAGGAGAAGAAACUAUCGCCUACGAGUUCAUCCUGAAGGCGCUCCGAACUUUCGAUGGCGAAGGAACUAGCUCUGAGGAGGCCCAGAGACUGUCUCUCCGCGCCCUGAAGAUGGCCAUUCUCUCCAACACCCACUUCCUCUUCCAGGAUCUCCGAGCUAUCCCCACCGUGCAGGCGCUCAGCGAUUCUCAGCCCGUCUACUCUCAGCUUCUCGACAUCUUUGCCGAGCAGGACCUUGAGGACUACAACGACUUCAAUGACGAGCACAAGGGCUGGGUGGAGGAACAGAAGCUGGAUGCCGAAAAGUUGCACCGUAAGAUGAGACUUCUCACCUUUGCCAGCUUGGCCGCCACCACCCCCAGCCGCGAGGUUGAGUAUGCCAAGAUCACCAAGGCGCUCCAGAUCCCCCAGGAGGAGAUUGAGACAUGGGCCAUUGAUGUUAUCCGAGCUGGUCUCGUUGAGGGCAAGCUGUCACAGCAGCGCCAGAUGUUCCUCGUCCACAAGGUCACCUACCGUGUUUUCGGCCAGAAGCAGUACCAGGAGCUGGCCACCCGUGUCGACCACUGGCGAUCAACUCUGCAGAACGUUCUCGUCGUUCUGCAGCAGGAGCAGGCCAACGCCAAGGCCGCCAAGGCCCGUGAGGCUCAGGAGCUGGAGCGAAAGCUGGCCAAUGUCAAUGUCGGCGGCCAGGAGGGUGGACGACGAAGACAGCAGCAGCGCGAGAGGACCGAUAAUGACGACUAAAUGAUUGGUCAAUCCCGAAAUUAAUCAACGGACAAGCCAGGAAUUCAGAAGGAGACGGUUUUUUUUAAAAAAAAAAAAAACAUGAUGCGAAAAAAGAAAAUCAAAAUCAAAAGGGCUGGGCGGUUCCGGCAUGGAAGGAGAGGAGAGGGAGAUUUGAAUCAUUUUGUGUUAAUAUAGUAUACAUGCUGGGAAUCCGAUAUCACACGAGCUGAGGAUAUUGCGAAUGGCGUAGCCGGUUUAGCAUAUGAUGUUUUUUUGUUCGACUUUCCUAGUAGUUUUUACGAGCCUAGGAGGGGUCAAAAUAUGAGGGAAAGCUAUCGGUACAAUAGAGUUCCGAAAGAGGAGAAAAAAAAUAUUGGAAAAAAAAAAAAGAACAAGGCUGACUUUUG